AUGAAUAAUGAGGAGGGAUGCUGUGCUGCAUCCCUCACAGUCAGCAGUCUGUUGUUGUUUUGUACUUGCACUGCAGUACCAAAGAGGGAGGGAGGAUUUGGUUGGAAAGAGAGAGAAAGAGAGAGGGAUGGAUGGUAUGGUAUGGUGAUUAUGUCAAACUUGAAAACAGAAGAGUUAUAUAUACCGAUCUAUACAGAUCAAAUUGAAGUUCUAUUCUUCAUCAAUAUUGAUUGGUGGAUCACUGGUACCACGGGUAUGGAGACCCUCCAACCAGUUCUCUCUUUAUCGACAUGUUGUUUCCCAAUCGCCACCUCCCUCCCCACAAAAAAGAAAGAUAAGGAAAAGAGCCUUAUUAGAUGUUUCGAUUCAUUCAUUCAUUCUUUCAUUCAUUCACAACAACACACAACGUUUGAUUACCUUCGUCAGACAGAGAAAGAGAGAAGUAGAAAAACAAUCAUUCAACAACAGAUAAUAAGAGAUAGAUAG